AUGGCAAUUUUCAUUCGUUUCAAUAACAUAUUUUCUAAAUUGUUAAAAUUAGCACUUGAUUAUAAUGCCUGCGCUUACUCUAUUUUCGCUUGUAUAUUUUUAACUUUCGCUUAUGUAGCAAGUUUAUAUGUUUGGAGGACAGAGUUAAGCAGGGACCAUCCAUCUACAAUCAAAAGAAGAUUCUUUAGUGUUUCCUGUAUAAUGUUCUUAGCACCUUUCUUUAUGCGGUUCUUUCUCAAAGAGGAAACAUUGAACAGAGGUGAUGUGUUCCAACAAUUAGGACUUAGACUACCAGGACUUAUAGCUGCUUCUAUUACAUCACUUAUUUUGACAGCAAUUCUUUUCUUGGGUCCUUUAACUAUGCAGUUUCUAUCAGGAACUUGGAAGAUUUAUACAGAACCAACCUACUGGGUGUCAAGUUGGAAGGACCUGACAUGGGUGCGGAAUCAUUUUAUGGCACCUCUUAGUGAGGAGUGGGUAUUUCGAGCUUGUAUGAUGCCUUUGUUAUUGCAAUGCCUUGAACCAUUUACUGCUGUAUUUGUUGGUCCUUUGCUUUUCGGAAUUGCUCACUUCCAUCACAUUUUUGAAAAAAGGAAAGCAGGAUUUGAUCUUAAGACUGCAUUAAUCGUUUCAACUUUCCAGUUUACAUAUACAAGUCUCUUUGGUGCUUACUCUGCGUACUUAUUUCUGCGAACUGGUCACUUCGUUGCUCCUCUAGCAGCACACAUGUUCUGCAACCACAUGGGUUUUCCUGAUUUCCUAGAGAUUCGUUACUACCCUUCUAUGGAACGACUUGCUAUAAUAAGUAACUUUGUAUUAGGAUUCAUUUUAUGGUGUUGUUUGCUAACCCCAAUGACGAAUCCAUACAUUUUCGAUAAUCGAUUACAUUGGGAGACUUGA